AUGGCCUCUUCAUUCUUCUCCCUCGAAGGCCACACGGCCGUCAUCACCGGCGGCACCCGUGGCAUUGGCCAGGCCGUUGCCAUUGGCCUCGCCGAAGCUGGUGCCGACAUCAUCUUGGUCCAGCGAGACACCACCGCUACCGACACCAAGGAGGCCAUUGAGAAGCUCGGCCGCAAGGCUUCGGUUUACACCGCCGACCUCUCCUCACCCGCGUCCGUCGGCACUCUCGUCCCCAAGAUCCUCGCCGACGGCCACAAGAUUCGCAUCCUCAUCAACUGCGCCGGUAUCCAGCGACGACACCCCUGCGAGGAGUUCCCCGACCAGGACUUCAACGAUGUCAUCCAAGUUAACCUGAACGCCGUCUUUACCCUCUGCCGCGAUGUCGGCGCCCACAUGCUCGGUCUCGAACCCUCCCCCGUCACCGGCCGUCGCGGCAGCAUCAUCAACUUUGCCUCGUUGCUGACCUUCCAGGGCGGCUUCACCGUGCCUGCCUACGCUGCCUCCAAGGGCGCCGUUGGCCAGCUGACCAAGAGCUUCGCCAACGAAUGGACCGCUAAGGGCAUUACCGUCAACGCUAUCGCCCCUGGUUACAUCGCCACAGAUAUGAACGAGGCCCUGCUUGCUAACCCCGAGCGCCUCGCCAGCAUUACCGCUCGUAUUCCUGCUGGGGUCUGGGGCUCGCCAGACGACUUCAAGGGUACCGCCGUCUACCUCGCUAGCAAGGCCAGUGGCUACGUGAGUGGUCACAUCUUGGUUGUCGACGGUGGCUGGAUGGGACGAUGA